UGCGCGUGCGUAAGUCCGUUUGUUGGGCGCAUUCUUUUCUACUCGGCCCGUUCCCUCCUUCGCCCCGUCGCGCCCAUCAGCCGAACCGUUCGCGCUAUCCUUCUCGCACGCCGCGCUCUAUCCCACCGAACCGCUUAGUCAACACUCACUCGCGCUCGUUCCCUCCACCCGUUCGCUCCCACACACGCGUACGGCGCACACCCGGUCGCACGCUCGCUCUCUAUCUUUCUCCCUCGCCCGCGGUUCCACAGGAGUAGGUAACGACGCGUAUGGCCGCACGUUAUCACGGCAUCGUCGUUUCUUAUCACACCGCUUUCGAGUAUUCGUCAGAUCAACACGGUCCGCACUCCGCAGUCCCUUUGGGCGAUUACGAACGCGGUACGUACGUAAUCCGACUAGUGAUCGUCCGUGUACCGUCAACGGUUCGCUCACAUUUUUCCAAUCGACCCCGUCCGUCGAUCCAACCCGGUCGGCGUUUUCGUAAUCCUCGUCGGUGUUUUUAAUUUUUGUUUAUUUUAUUUUUGUUUGUAUUCCAAUCGAUUGUCGACCCCGGUACAGUUGUUUUUGUUGUUGCCGCCGUCGUCAAGUGUCGUUAUCGUUCGCGGGUCUUCCGAUUCGGUUGUGUAGUGCAGGCGUCACGUAUUUCGUGUGUUCGCGGGAUUACCCGAUGACGGACCGCCGCACGCCCCGUCGCAGUUGCUGUUGUUGUCCCCGACUAGGUGUGAGUCUCUACCUCAAAAACCUAACUCGGUGAGAUGCCAUAUAUGGUGCUCGACGAAUUUCGAUUAAGCCUGAAGAAAAAACGUUAUGCGUUCCACAGAGUUUACGUUCCGCACAGCUGACUUUGGCCUUUGAAAACCAUUGUCGUUUCGAACGGUAACCAGUCGAACAACGGCAUAACACGCGGGUUCGCAUUCAUUACAUCAUAGACGCAGUACAAUCAAAGGAAUGAGAGAGAUGGAUAUCGCUAAAGAUGAAGAUAGGAUACGGAGAUUACAAAUUCUUGAGAAAAAAAUGCGGGAUCCGCGAAAUGUUUCAAAUGUGGAUUCUUUAUUGGACACUGUACAAGCAUUAGUUGCAGAUUGUGAAAAUCCUGCAGUUAAACGGAUGAAAAAUGUUGAAGCAUAUAUGAAUAGAUAUGAUAAAUUUGCAUCUGAAAUCUGUCAAUUACGUAUGAAACCUGAUGAUUUUAAUCUUAUUAAAGUUAUUGGACGAGGUGCUUUUGGUGAAGUGCAAUUGGUGCGUCAUAAAUCAAAUCGUAAAGUAUAUGCAAUGAAACUUUUAAGUAAAUUUGAAAUGAUAAAACGAUCAGAUUCUGCAUUUUUCUGGGAAGAACGUGAUAUUAUGGCACAUGCAAAUUCAGAAUGGAUUGUUCAACUCCAUUUUGCUUUUCAAGACCAUAAAUAUUUAUACAUGGUCAUGGAUUAUAUGCCAGGUGGUGAUCUUGUCAACUUAAUGUCCAAUUAUGAUGUUCCUGAGAAGUGGGCAAAAUUUUAUUGUGCUGAAGUAGUGUUAGCAUUAGACGCUAUCCACUCAAUGGGAUUUGUUCAUAGGGAUGUUAAGCCAGAUAAUAUGCUACUAGAUAAAUAUGGUCAUUUAAAAUUAGCUGAUUUUGGAACGUGCAUGAGAAUGGGAUCGGAUGGUAUGGUUAGAUCUGAUACUGCUGUUGGAACACCAGAUUACAUUUCACCUGAAGUGUUGGAAUCUCAAGGAGGAACCGGAACAGGAGAACAUGGGGUUUAUGGAAGGGAAUGUGAUUGGUGGUCUGUUGGAGUUUUUGUUUAUGAGAUGCUCAUUGGAGAUACACCGUUCUAUGCAGAUUCUCUUGUUGGAACAUACAGCAAAAUAAUGGAUCAUAAAAAUUCUCUAAGUUUUCCUUCUGAUAUUGAAAUAUCUCAAAAUUCUAAAUCUUUGAUUUAUGCAUUUCUCACAAAUAGGAAAAAACGUCUUGGAAGAAAUGGAAUCAGUGAAAUAAAAGAACAUCCUUUUUUCCAAAAUGAUCAAUGGACAUUUGAUAAUUUAAGAGAUUGUGUGCCACCUGUUGUUCCUGAAUUAAAUGGCGAUGAUGAUACUAGUAAUUUUGAUGAUGUUGAAAAAGAUGAUGGCCCAGAAGAAAAUUUUCCAGUUCCCAAAGCAUUUGCUGGAAAUCAUUUACCAUUUGUUGGAUUCACUUAUUCUAGAGAUUACCAAUUAUUGGGAAAUGGUUUAUUAAAUGGUGAAUGUUUAUCAGAUACUGUGGAUUGUAAAGAAACUACUCAUAUUGUUGUUCUUAAAAGAGAAUUGGAAAAUGAGCGGAAAGAAUUAACUGUAAUACGUGACCAAAAUAGUAAACUUUUAGUGCAGUUACAAGAUGGAGCUGAUCGAGAAUUACUUUUGAAACAAAAAUCAUCAGCUUUAAACACUUCUAUUGCUAAUCUCCAAAAAGACUUGAAAGAUGCACAACGAAAAGCUGACAAUGAAUGUGAAAUGCGUAGAAAAACUGAAUCUUUGUUACAAGAAUUGAAAAGGAAACUCGAUGAAGAACAAAAUAAAAGAACAAAAGAGAUGAACAAUAACCAACAACAUAAUGAUAAAAUUAAUUCUUUGGAAAAACAAAUGGUUGAGUUGCAUGAAAAAUUAAAAGUUGAAAGCGAUACUUGUACUAAACUUCGUAAGCAAGCUGCAGAGCUAAGUGUUGCUAAAGCAGCUAAUGAACGUAUGACUGUUGAACUACAAACAAUGUUAACUACAUUGCAACUAAACCGUGAUACAUUACACGAAGAAUUAGCAAAUUUACAAGGACAAUUGUCUCAAGAAAAAAGUUCAUUAAGAGAUUUACAAUUGGAAUUAGAAGGUCGGUUGCAAGCUUGCCAAGCUGAUCUUACACGUUCUAAAGUGAGAGAACAAAAAUUAAGUGAAGACAACAGACAACUUGGGGAAAGAACAUCUAUUUUGGAAAAAGAAUGUGCAUCAUUAGUAUUGGAAUUGAAAACGGUUCAAAAUAGAUAUCAACAAGAAGUCAGGGCUCACGAAGAAACUGAAAAAAGUCGUUUAGUUAAUAAUGAACAGGCCAAUCUUGAAAUAGUUAAAGUUAAAAUGGAUUAUAUAUUUAAAGCACUUCAAACUAAGUUAAAUGAAGAAAAGAAUGCCAGACAAAAAGCUGACUCACUUACUCAAGAAAAAGAACGACAAAUUUCAAUGUUAUCGGUUGAUUACCGUCAAAUACAACAAAGACUGCAGAAACUUGAAGGUGAACAUCGCCAAGAAGUAGAAAAAAGUAAAGCUUUACAUGCUCAAAUCGAACAAGAGCUUUCGAAGAAAUCAAAUUUACAAUCUGAAUUGGGUACACAUAUAUCUGAAGCUACUCAAUUACGUGCUAGAGAAGCUCAGUUACUGCGCGAAGUUACUUUAUUGAGAGAAAAUAAACGUGCUAUUGAAGAAGAACUACAUAAGUUGAAAACUGAACACUCUGUUACUGAUUUACAGAUGAAAGAAUUGCAAGACCAAUUAGAAGCAGAGCAAUACUUUUCGACAUUGUACAAAACUCAAGCUGCUGAGCUCCGCGAAGAAGUGGAAGAUAGAGGAAAGGGUGCUGCCGAAUUGGAAGAAGAACGUGGCUCACUUGCUCAUCAAUUACAAAUAGCAUUAGCUAGAGCUGAUAGCGAAGCACUUGCAAGAUCUAUUGCUGAAGAAACAAUAAUUGACUUAGAAAAAGAAAAAUCAUUAAGAGAGCUUGAAUUAAGGGAUAGUCAAAGUCGACAUCGCAAUGACUUGGAUUCAAAAGAAUUUACUCUAAAUAAUUUGAGAGAAGUAGAAAAUGAGUUGAAGAAAAAAAUGGAACAAUUGAUUAAAGACAAUGAAGAGUUAAAGAAUCAAUUGAAUUUAAUUCAAGAAGAGAGCAAAAAGAACUUUAUUGAGGAAUUAGAAAAACUUCGAAAACAACUUAAACAAGAACAGUUGUUAAAAGCACAAGCUGUGAAUAAACUUGCUGAAAUCAUGAAUCGUAAAGAUAAUACUACUAAAGGAAAGAGUAAAGUUUCAUCAGCUGAUUUGCGAAGAAAAGAAAAGGAAUGUCGGAAAUUGCAACAAGAAUUAACUCAAGAACGUGAUAAAUAUAAUCAAGAAGUGACUAAAUGGCAAAAAGAACUUCAAGAACUCCAAUCACAAGUAGUAGAAGAGAAUACAAGUAAAUUAAAACUCCAAAUGGAACUUGAUUCAAAAGAUUCUGAAAUUGAACAACUUCAAGGAAAACUAAUAAACAUGGGAAGUGAAACAGCAUCACUUAGUAGUGCUGACAAUGAUGAUAGUGAUAUUUAUACUCAAGUUUAUAUUAAUACAGAAUCCAGGCUUGAAGGCUGGUUAUCAGUUCCCAACAAACAAAAUAUUAGACGUCAUGGUUGGAAAAAGCAAUAUGUUGUAGUUUCAUCAAAGAAAAUAUUUUUCUAUAACUCUGAGAGCGAUAAACAAAAUACUGAUCCUAUAUUAAUCAUUAAUUUAAAUAAGGUAUUUCAUGUAAGAUCUGUAACCCAAGGUGAUGUUAUUCGUGCAGAUGUUAAAGAUAUACCUCGUAUAUUUCAAUUAUUGUAUGCGGGUGAGGGUGAGGCUAGAAGGCCAAAUGAAUCUGGUCCAGAACAUUUGUCAAGAAGCACAAGUGUUACGAGUACUGUAGACGAAAAGCCUGGUACCAUUACAUUAAAGGGCCACGAAUUUGUUCAGAUAUCGUUUCACAUGCCGACUAAUUGUGAAGUGUGUCCCAAACCAUUGUCAAAUGUAUUUAGACCACCACCGGCCUUAGAAUGUAGAAGCUGCAGAAUCAAAGUACACAAGGAACAUCUUGAACGAAAGGAAGAUGCAAUUGCUCCUUGUAAAUUACAUAAUGAUCCAACAUCUGCUAAAGAGCUGUUAAUAUUAGCACCUAGUAGAGAUGAUCAAAAGUUAUGGGUUCACAGACUGAGUAAAAAAAUUCAAAAGUGUGGAUACAAAGCAAAUACUAAUCCAGAUGGUUCUAAAAUAUCACCAAGGUUGAUUUCACUGGAAUCAACUCGUUCUACAUUAAAACUUUAUCCUGGAAGUUCUGUACAUCAAAGAUCUGCUACAUUGCCGUCGAACAUAUCCAAAUAAAUGAACUGAUGAAUUUUUUAUGCUCAGGGUGGCCAAAAUUUUACAUAGGUUCAAUCAUCAAUCAAGCAGCAAUGAUGUAUAUUUUUAAAGUAAAUGGACUUUGUGAUCCACAAAGUAUUAUGUAAAUAUACAUAUAUGUAAUUUAAACGAAAACAUUUUGUAAAAUCACAGUCAGGUUUACUGAACACCAAUUUGAUUUAUUGUUAUGAAUCAUUGUUAAUGUUAUGUUCCAAAUUAACUGUAUUUAAUUGAUUCGCUUAGGAUAUAAGUGUAAUAUUAUAUUCAAUGUGUUACUCGCAAUGACUGAUUAUGUAUAUAAAAAGCUCUGUAUUUUACGUAUGAUGAUUUUACUAGCCAAAAAAAUUUGUGUUUAGUUUAAACUUCUCAAUUGUACUUAUUCAGAAAUGGAUUAAAAAAAAAAAAUAAUUUAUAAUCACAAAAA